GGCCAGGUUCUGGGUUCUUGGCCUUCUUGCUAGGCAACAGUGCUCAGUUUUGUCAAUGUGAAAUUCAUUCUUAUGUUGAUGUUUGGAUAAUUUCUUUGGGACAAACUGGUUGCCAUCAAGGUUCAAUUUCAAAUGUAUGGGGUUCCGAUGUCCACUCUAGUGGACACAUAAUAUUUCAAAAAUAAAAACUUUUUUUUUUCCCAAAAAAAUGUUUUCAGUAUUCUAAUUACCUUACAAACAUUGUGGAAUUUUAAAAAAUGGUGACUGGACAAUAUUUUUUUUCCUGGUAGUCAGGAGGAUAUAUCCAGAUUGAAAAGACAAAGGUGAUCAAAAAGGCUCCAGUGUUGAAAGCUGUGCUUGCAAAACAAGGAAAACAAGCCAAAAUGGAAAAGGCUAGAAAGAUCAGCAGUCCAGUGGAGUCAACCCACCAGCAGUACUGGUGGAAUCAGAAACAGAGAGCAACAUCUCUUCUUCCUCCUUCUCUACUUAAGACCCCAACACUAUCGCAACUCCAGAGAGUCUCCACUUCUAUUCCAACAUUCCUCACUCGGUUUUCAAGUAUGGAAUGGUUUUCAGAUCUGUAUCCUGACAGAAAGUCUAUCUCAAACGACAUUUCUCCUGAGGAUGUCUUCCUGCAGCUAUUAAAUUACGUGCAAAACUCCGGCGGCAAAGCAAACUCCAAGGUCCUUGGAGCAGUUCAAGCAGCGCAAAUUCUCCAAAGCCAGAACCUCUUUGAUGUCACAGAUAAACAGUACGCAAACCUCACCAAUGCUUGGGACAAAUUCAUACAGCCAACGAUGACAAAUCAAUCACGCGAUGUGGUUGUUGAGAUGUUAAAUUUGCUGGUGGAGUUGAAGUCGGAAGUCAGUUACGAUGUUACAAAAAAAGUUAUAACUCUUCUGGCAAAUAAGGAACUGAAUGUCCAGAAACCAAUAUUCUGCCUCAUUGAGGGAUUGGGUGUGCAUCAGGCACAGUCUUUCCUGGAACGCGAGUUUCAAAAGUGGGGUGAGGGACUGGAGGACAACCCUAACAAGAUGGAGAUAAUUAACGAGAAAGCAGGCUGCUGGAUGGAGUAUUGGACCUCAAAAUUCAAAGAUUAUAACCGCUUUCUGAACACUGCAACUUCACCGGAGUGGAAACAGCCUCCCUUCAGUGGAUUGGAUGUCCUGAAAUUUUUCUGUUUGAUUAAUAAACAAGAGAUCAGAAGAUCCUUCUUUAUUCCUGCUGCCCAAAAAUACAAAGUGAUCGUGCCUCAGCAGAAGUGGAGUUUCAAACCAAUUCUUCGCCUGGGAGAGACACACACCAUGGCCAGAAAAUGGAAAAAGACAAGAUACUGUGUUUUUGAGCCUCGCUUUCCCAAUUGGAUCCAGCUGCCUAUGUCUCGUGUCAACCUGCGUCCGUUUCACACAAACUCGUACGAGCGCUUGGUGAGGCUCCCUGCCCGAACGUACUUCAUCCAUGAGCACUCUACAGUGGAGUACUACAGGCGAAAACUCAAAAAAAGGCCAGUACUGAUCCCACCAUCACCAUCCCUCCGCCCCGCCAUCCCACUGCCAACUGAACAAUAAAUAAAAAGUAAUAGUUGCAAUAAGUUCAAGUAAUUUUAUAUUUUCAGAAUGAAAGUAUAAAGUCAUUUUUCAAGGUUGGGAGUAUUUGCUGUCCAGCAGCAUUUUGUUGGACACGGGUCUCAAACAUGGC